UGGAAUAAAUUAUUAUUAAUAAAUUUUUGCAUAAUCCAACGAAACAUUGGAUAUUGAUGGAGUGAAAACUAUUGAAACAGUUUCAACUCCAAUUUUACAAAAAACCGUAAUUGUUUUUAUUUUUUCCUCCCACAACACUUGAUCUGCAGCUGCGCAAUUUUAAUUGCUCUAAUAACGUUUUUUUUUUGUCUCAUCACGGUCAUCUGUUUAUUGCAAUUUCCACUGGACUUGAUAUUUUCCGGUUUUUUUUGGAAUAGUGAAAUGAAAGAGACUUCUUUUGCCUGGGGAUUUGAUAAUGGAAUGGACGUGGUGGAAGGACUGGUGGAGAUUGAAAAAGUGGCGUCAGAGUAGAAGCCAGCAGGAGAAUUUAGAUGACUUUGACGAUUGUUGUUACUGUGAUGAGUGUCUCGGCGAGCUGUCGGACGGGUGUGUCACCGAGGAUGGGUGCAUGGGAGGAAGUGAUUUUGAGGGUGAGGGCAAACAAGUCCUGGUGGGAAUAUGCGCCAUGGCCAAAAAAUCACAGAGUAAACCGAUGAAGGAGAUUCUAACGAGACUAGAGGAAUUCGAAUACAUUAAAAUCAUAGUAUUCGGUGAGGAGGUCAUAUUGAAAGAGCCCGUUGAGGAUUGGCCGAUCGUUGAUUGUCUGAUAAGUUUUCACAGCAAGGGAUUUCCUCUGGACAAGGCCAUCAGUUACGCAAAUCUCAGGAAUCCAUUCAUCAUAAAUAAUUUACCGAUGCAGUACGACAUUCAGGAUAGGAGAAGGGUUUAUGCUAUUUUGGAGAGCGAGGGAAUUGAAAUACCCAGAUAUGCUGUACUCGAUAGAGACUCAGCUGAUCCAAAACAAUUUAUUUCAGACCACGAACUGGUGGAGUCUGAGGACCACGUGGAGGUGAACGGUGUAACAUUUAAUAAACCGUUCGUUGAGAAACCUGUGUCAGCUGAGGAUCACAAUAUUUAUAUAUAUUAUCCAACAUCCGCUGGUGGUGGCAGUCAACGUUUGUUUAGGAAAAUUGGCAGUCGGAGUAGUGUCUAUUCCCCAGAAUCUCGAGUCAGAAAGACGGGAUCCUACAUCUACGAGGAUUUCAUGCCUACCGACGGUACCGACGUCAAAGUCUAUACAGUUGGUCCUGAUUAUGCUCACGCAGAAGCAAGAAAAAGUCCAGCCCUCGAUGGCAAAGUGGAGAGAGACUCCGAGGGAAAAGAAAUUCGAUAUCCCGUGAUUUUGAGUAAUGCCGAGAAGUUGAUCAGCAGAAAAGUCUGUCUGGCCUUCAAACAGACCGUCUGCGGCUUUGAUCUCCUGAGGGCAAAUGGAAAGUCGUUUGUUUGUGACGUAAAUGGCUUCAGUUUUGUCAAGAAUUCCAAUAAAUACUACGACGACUGUGCCAAAAUCUUGGGGAAUAUGAUACUCCGAGAAUUGGCACCGACCUUGCAUAUUCCUUGGAGCGUUCCAUUUCAACUCGAUGAUCCACCGAUAGUACCGACAACCUUUGGAAAAAUGAUGGAAUUGAGAUGCGUCGUAGCAGUAAUCCGCCAUGGAGAUCGUACCCCCAAACAAAAAAUGAAAGUUGAAGUUCGCCAUCCAAAGUUCUUCGAGAUAUUUGCCAAGUACGAUGGCUACAAGCAUGGCCACGUGAAAUUGAAACGGCCUAAGCAGCUCCAGGAGAUCCUGGACACAGCGAGGAGUCUUCUAGCUGAGAUCCAGCAUCGAGCCGCUGGGCCAGAGCUCGAGGAGAAGCAGGGAAAGCUGGAGCAGUUGAAGAGUGUCCUAGAAAUGUACGGCCAUUUCUCAGGUAUCAACAGAAAAGUCCAGAUGAAGUAUCAGCCCCGGGGAAGACCCAGGGGAAGCUCGUCCGACGAUGGUAACAGCCACAAUCGCUUGGGUGAGCCUUCACUCGUACUCAUAUUGAAGUGGGGUGGAGAGCUUACUCCAGCCGGUAGGAUCCAGGCCGAGGAAUUGGGGCGAAUUUUUCGGUGCAUGUACCCUGGUGGUCAAGGUAGACACCUUAGUGAGGAUGACUCAGAGAUGUUACCAAGCCACGGGGAGUACGCGGGUGCUCAGGGAUUGGGUCUGCUGAGAUUGCACUCGACUUUCAGACACGAUUUGAAAAUUUACGCGAGUGAUGAGGGCAGAGUUCAAAUGACAGCCGCUGCAUUUGCCAAAGGGCUUCUAGCGCUUGAAGGAGAGCUGACACCAAUUCUGGUGCAAAUGGUCAAGUCAGCAAAUACGAAUGGACUCCUUGACAACGAUUGUGACAGCAGUAAGUACCAGAACAUGGUGAAAACGAAGCUCCACGAGUUGCUCCAGCAGGACCGGGACUUCACUCCAGACGAUCGAAGUCAGAUAAAUCCAGGGAAUGCCCUGAGCAUAAACGACGCUCUGGAUUUCGUAAAGAAUCCAGUGAAAUGUUGUCAACACGUGCAGUCACUGAUCCAGAAGUUGAUGGACAUUGUACGACUCAAGAAAGAAGACCCGAAGACCAAAGACGCCAUUUUGUAUCACGGCGAGACCUGGGAGUUGAUGGGACGCCGUUGGGGAAAAAUCGAGAAGGACUUUUGCACCAAAAACAAGCGUUUCGACAUCUCCAAAAUUCCGGACAUCUACGACUGCAUAAAGUAUGAUCUCCAGCACAACAAUCACACCCUCCAAUUCGAUCACGCCGAGGAGCUCUACAUCUACGCUAAAUAUCUCGCGGACAUCGUAAUCCCCCAAGAGUAUGGACUGACCGUCCAGGAGAAGUUAACGAUUGGUCAGGGGACUUGCACUCCGUUGUUGAAAAAAAUCCGAGCUGAUUUGCAAAGAAAUAUCGAGGAGUCUGGAGAGGAGACAGUGAAUAGGCUGAACCCGAGGUACUCCCAUGGGGUUUCAAGUCCUGGAAGACACGUUAGGACUCGCCUGUACUUCACCAGCGAGAGUCAUGUUCACUCUCUGCUGACAGUACUCAGGUACGGUGGUCUCUUGGACGUUGUCAAGGAUGAGCAAUGGAGACGAGCGAUGGAGUACGUCUCGAUGGUCUCGGAGUUGAAUUACAUGUCGCAGAUCGUGGUGAUGCUGUACGAGGAUCCGACGAAGGAUCCCAGCAGUGAGGAGAGAUUUCAUGUUGAGCUGCAUUUCAGUCCUGGUGUUAAUUGUUGUGUACAGAAGAACCUUCCACCGGGUCCUGGCUUUCGUCCACACUCCAGAAACGAGAGUAGUCACAAUUUGGAGACAAAUUCCCAGUGCAGCACUCGAAUCGAGGAGGAGGAGGAAGCCUUCAUGGGGGAUGUCUCCAGUCCGAUCAGUCCUCAAGAGGUUUCAGACUCAUCGCCACCGAUGAUUGAGACUGAGAAUGCUGAUUCGACACUCGAUAGUCCCACGACGAGUCGAGCCAUCGAUAUGAUGGAUUUGGAUCCUAAUAUGAUGGAUGAACCGUAUGACUCGGGUUUUCUUCAGGGCUCAGCACCCAUUCCUAUCAGUGCAAGGACUGUCGCUGGACACGAAGCUGCCAGGCUUGGGAGCCAAUUGGCUGCCAGUCAGAGACAGAGAAGGGAAAGAGAGGGUCAUAGCAUCUGUGAACCGAGGGCGCGUAGCUAUGAUCAUCAGAGACAGGAGAAACCAGAUAAAACUGCAGAUAAGCUGCAGUAUCAAAGUCUCGACGCCGUCAACAGAGAAGAAGACCCGCGGUUGAAAAAAUCGGCGCGUUCACGUCGCAAUAGUCCAACCCUAACCGAAUCUCGAAAUAUCCUGGGUAUUCCGAUGAUACUCCCGUAUACCCUGAGCUCACCAGAAUUUCCAGCGCCACUCCUGGACUCUCUCCAGGAGCACGGACCCCUGGUUACCUUUCACAACACAUCACUCGGCUCGCCAACGACAAAAAGGCCAUCGAUUCAAAUAUCAGACGACGCGAAACCCUUUAUGAGUACACACCAAAGAUACGGCCGCUCCAAGUCAACACUGACAUUACCAGUAAUUGAAGUCCCGGACACAAGACCUACGAUCAUUCAACCUGACCCUACAUGCACAGCAAGGCGCCAUCGUCACAGUAUCUCCGGGCAGAUGAGUUAUUUCAAACUGCUGGGUAUCAACGUUACCAAGAAGCUGACUGGUUCCGCUAAUAGUUUAUUCAGUACUGCUGUUAUCAGUGGUUCAUCAAGUGCUCCCAAUCUCAAGGAUAUGGUACCACCACAUGCAUCAGCUGUUGCAGCUAUCGAGGGUUUCGGUGGAGUACCACCUAUCAGACCACUGGAGACAUUGCAUAAUGCCCUCUCGCUUCGGCAAUUGGAUUGUUUCUUGGAGAUGAUGACCAGUGCUCCCUUGUUCAGAACACCAGCUUCAUCUCCACCGAAAUUCCCAUCGCCUGGAGGUUCUCAGGGCUCGCUAGUUCCUCACUUGUCGAUUGCAGGGGCUAUAGAGCCAUCCAGAUUUAUCGCCCCUUCUGGACUUCCUUACAAACCGGGGGAAGGGGGAGAAGUCGGUGAUCAUCGCGCGCAGCUGUCGCCAACGAGUCCUAACAGUACAGGUUGGAGCAGUGAGCCCCAGUCAUUCCUCUCCUCGGAGCCGUCCUCUCCAGCCCCUACGUCAGCAGGAGAAUGCAGCAUGUCGAUAAGUCUAAUCAGCAACGAUGGAAGUCAGCCCUUCGCAGGUCCAAAGUUCUCUGCAGGUCCUUGUCUUGAGAUGGACUUCAACGAAUUCUGCAUGGUGAUGGAUCAGGAGAUCAGAGAGGGACGUGGCAGUAUAUCCUACACAGACUACUACAGCAGUGAGGACGGCACCAUUCGGAAGACAGUUGAAGAACCAAAAGAGUCUAUGGAAGAUGAGGAGGAGCACACCCUGACGCUGCGACAGAGUGAAGAGCAGAAGAAACAGGACGUUCAAUCUAUAUUCGAGCAGAAACCCAGUGGCUUCAAAAAGAUCGGCAGAUUUAGAGUCGAAAGCAUGGAAAUUGCUGAUGAGGACGUCAGGAUCAAGACUGUAUUGAGCGCAUCGCAGUCUCUCGAGAAAUUGAGGGGUCAGAAUAUUUCCCCGUUGAAGAAAGACAGAAUUGAUGAUGGGAAGAAAUCGAGAAGCCUACGGGUUAAAAAGGGAAAAACCAUUCUGAGAUCACAGAGUGUAUCGGGUGCUCAGGGAGAUGAAAAAGAAUCUAGUGGUGUUUAUGAGGGAUCACUCUCCACCACGAAAUUGGGAAGCUUCUCCACCAUGAGUGGAGGUGAUCUGGAGAACUGGAAAAAAUCAGUCGAGGAGAGACCUGCAAAACCUCCUCCAACAACUGAUAUUGCGGAUGAACCGACACUCACUCUCGCUGGGAGUAUGAAGGAUAGCUCCAAUGUCACGAUUGGAUUUGAUAUUAAGGGUGAUAAACAAUGUUGAGGAUUUUGUACUUUAAAUAAAGCCAUUCCUGAGUGAUUAUUAUUCCGAUUUGUACGGGGAAUAAAUUGAAAGGUUUUACGAUGUGGUAGAGAUGUUCAAGGUGCUUACGAGCUUUUUAGAGCAGUUUCCGAACGAAAGUACCUGGUUAAUAAUUCGUAGGGCUGCUUUAGUUGGUAAUGAUGGAUAUGUGAUGUAAUUACAGUGACGAACGUGCAGAUACUUAACAAUAAAUGUAUUACUAGGAUAUUUUUAGAAGAAUAUAAUGAUGUUUUUAAUUUUGUGAGAGGUCGUGUAAUUGUUGUGAAGCUUAGGCUCUUUGUAUAAAUUAUUGAGAGGUAUGUACAAGUCCGCAUUGUAUUAUGAAUAAAAAACUGUUGAAAGUGA